CUCUUGACUCGCCCUUUAAUCUCUGCAUUAGCCACAGCGCUUAAACUCAGCUAGCUAACAGCAACAAACACAGCAGCCGAGACGCGAGUCUGGAGCUUUCGCCAAACGCAAACUCAAUAUCCAGGGCUAAAAUGGCCUCUUUAGGAGAACCUGUGCGUCUGGAAAGAGACAUAUCUCGUGCCAUUGAGCUGCUGGACAAACUCCAGAGAACAGGGGAAGUGCCUCCCCAGAAGCUGCAGGCACUGCAGAGGGUUUUGCAGAGCGAGUUCUGCAAUGCUGUACGGGAGGUAUAUGAGCAUGUGUAUGAGACAGUGGACAUCAAUAGCAGCCCAGAGGUGAGGGCGAAUGCAACAGCAAAGGCUACAGUGGCUGCAUUUGCAGCCAGCGAGGGUCAUUCUCACCCACGUGUGGUAGAGCUCCCUAAAACAGAGGAAGGACUGGGGUUCAACAUCAUGGGUGGGAAGGAACAAAACUCACCCAUCUACAUCUCCCGCAUCAUUCCUGGAGGCAUUGCCGAUCGGCACGGCGGCCUGAAGAGAGGAGAUCAGCUGCUGUCCGUUAAUGGAGUGAGUGUAGAAGGAGAGCACCAUGAGAAAGCUGUGGAGUUGUUGAAGGCUGCUCAGGGUACAGUGAAGCUGGUGGUACGGUACACCCCUAAGGUUCUCGAAGAGAUGGAGUCGCGCUUUGAGAAGUUGAGGUCUGCCAAACGCCGGCAACAGAACAACUACCCCCAGUAGGGCAUCUCGCCUGAGCCCUCCGCCCCUCCCAUCUCUCCCUCUCUCUCUCUCUCUCUCUCUCUCUCUCACUUUCUCUGUCAUUGUCUUUAAUUCUUCUGCCAUCUGUCUUCCUCGUUCACACUCGCUCACCCCCUUUCUCCAGCCAGGGAUUAGCCACAUGUUUGGCACUCCUUUUUGUGAAAAUUUUCUAAAUCCUCACCUCCUCUACAGUUUUUUAACAGUCUUUUCACACACUUCUUUCUCAUAGCAUGAACACUACUUCAUUGGCUCUGGAUGUUGUCACGUACACACCACACACACAUGCACUAUUGGUGCAUUACUAAGAAUGUACUGUCAUUUGGGAUGUUGAUUAGUUAGAUAUGCAAGAGGACCAUUGCAAUGUUCAACUUCUGAGGUUAUCUGAAUGAAAAUGUCAAAAAAGUGCCUCAAGAGAUUUACAAAAAAAAAAAGUCUGCAGCCCCCACUACGUCCCAUCGUAGGCUGUGUUUUAUGGUCCAAGCACAAAAUGAGUGAACACUACCACCAUGUUAAAAUGCAAGAUGACUGUAAGAUUCAUCAUCUCAAAUUAACAGUGUAUCAUUGAGUGAAGGGUUUAUGAUAGAUGGUGUUUUGUUUUGUUUUUUAACUGUUUGCCCACAGAAAAAGGAAAAGUUCACCAGAAAUGUUACAAUCUCAUUUUGAGUCUCCAGAGAGAUAAAUGGCAGAGCGGUGACACAAGCAUCCCAUCAGUCCUGCUGUUUCAAACACAAAAUGUCAGCUGUAUAUAUACUCUUAUACAAAAAAUGUCACUCUAGUAUCGCUGAUUGACUCAUGUUUACAGUACAAACUGACACCAUUUUUUUUCUUUCAUGAACGUGUGGCCAGAGAAAAAUGCUGUGAAAGUCUUGUAGUUAGAGCCACAAAACAUGUUACAUACGCUCCCGAUUAUACCAUUUAAACAGCUUGCUUUUGAUUGAAUAUGUGAAUGGAGUGUUUAUGAAUUGUUCAACCAAACAGCAGUUUAGAGGAGAUGCUUGUGGCACCGAUUGGUAUUAGAUAAAUAGAAAUUACAUUUUUGUUGCAAAUGCCCCUUAAAGCACAUAGAAACAGAAUGAAUCAGUCACUAGCUCUUAUUCAGGCUUGUGUUCCAUUUUUUUUGUUUGUAGAAUUUAAGAUUUUAAUUUAAAUCCUCACAGCAGAAACACUAAAUUUAAAAGCGUAGGGGGAAUUUUAUUGUUUUAUGGCUUUGUUUUAUCGUCUGUUGUUUCACAACGCUUUCUGAAUGUUAAUGUGGCACUUGCCUUUCAGUCAGCUGUGGGUACAUAUGCCACACCCAGUUCACGCUGAUCAUUACAAAGAUCUGCAUCAUGUUUCAGAAUCAGUUGACUUGAAUGGUUAUAUUAGCUUAUCACGAGGUAGCAACUGAGCAUGAUCCUAGCAAAACAGCAAUGAAUGCAUAAACGAAUGUUAAAGAACACCAACCUUAUUCACCAUUCAUUAUAUGAGACCUGUCUAAAUGAAGCUCAAGUGAAAUUUGUAUUAAUUGGUGCUGUCAUUUUCAUUUAUUUUGUCCUAUUUUGAUCAAUCAUUUUUCUUGAAAGUCAGUAAUUAAUUUAUACACAUCAGUGUCUACAGGGAAAUAGAUGCAGAUCUGGAGCUGAGAUUUUAUCAGGUCUUCUCCAGAUUCUUCAGUGGCUAAAAAUGCAGUCCCGUUCCAUUCGUUACUUAAGAUUCACCUCUACUUGUUCAUGUUACAGCCAAAUGUUAAGGAUGAUUUAAUUGACAUGCUUUUUUUUUCAAUCCUGUUUUGUCAAGAUUCAUGUUAUAAAAGUAGUUUCACACUGCA